AUGCCACUGAGACGACCGCACAAAAGCAAUCUUAGAAAUUCUUAUAUUUUAAAAAUUCAAAAUAGAGAAUGUAAAGAACUUCUCGAAUUAACUAAGGAAUAUCGAAGGCGAAUCAAUGCACAAGCUCGGGAAUCUGAAUUAGAAAAAUCUAAAUCAAAUAAUGUCAAAUUAGAAAAUAGUGAUAAUGUUAAAAUAGAAAAGAAAGAAACACCCAAGUUGG